AUGGCUGAAGCUGGGGAGGGAUGUGGGGCUGCCGGCAGCCCGGAGGCCGAGCUGGCCUCCCCCAUCUGCCCGGGCCUGUACCAGGAGCCGGUGUCGCUGGGCUGCGGCCACAGCUUGUGCCAGCAGUGCAUUGAGAAGGUGCUGGGAGCCCAGCAGAGCUCCCAGGGCCCCUCCACGUGCCCCAUAUGCAGGGCCCAGCUGGGGCCCAUCCCGGAGCUGCAGAAGGACUGCGAGGUGGGCAACAGCGUGGAGGAGUUUCAGGCCGCCACUUCCAGAGGGCGAGAGGCUCGAGAGGAAGCCUGGAACCGGGAGGAAGGUGCCGAGCAGGGGGAGGCCGGCGCGGUUCCCUGUGAGCACUCGGCCCUGAAAGCCUGCCUGGUGUGCGAGGCCGCCCUGUGCCAGGCCCGCCUGAGCAAACACAACGCCAAGGGUUUCCAGCAGGAGCACGUCCUGGUGGAGGCGGGAGCGGGCCGGGCGGAGGAGAGGACGUGUGGGGAUCACGGCAAGCUGCUGGAGUGCUACUGCGUGAGGGACGAGAGGUGCGUCUGCAUGCUCUGCUCCAUCGCCGGCACCCACAAGGGCCACGAGGUCAUCACCACGAAGGAGGGACACGACAAACAGCUGGUUAAACUCUUCGACACCAUGACAGAGCUGCAGGAAUAUAAAAGUGAUUUAGUUACUGCCCUAGAAAAGCUUCAGGAAAGGGAGGAUCAGAUCAAGAUCAAUGCCGAAACACUGACUUCGGAGCUAAAAGAGCUGUUUGAUGAUAUAGAGACAAAGCUUCAUGAGAAAAAGAUGAUGAUCCUGAGUGACAUUCGGUCUAAUGAGGAAGAACCACUGGCAGUCAUCGCUGACGUGAGGAAGAAAAUGGAACAGAAGACGGACCAGGCUGAGCAAAAUCUUCAGGCUUUGCAGAAGAUAAAAAAGCAACCAGAUGUUUUCCUCUUCUUCAAAUCCUCUUGGUAGGAUCUGAAACUGGUCACAGACAGGUAAUGUUCCAUUUCAUAACUCUUGUUUUCUUCUUUGAUAAGAUGUGGUGCUGGUAACUGGGGUCAAACCCCACUGCCUGUGCCCCUCCGUCCCACCACGCUGUGCUGCAGAGCUGCUCCCUAUUCCAGCUGAGCCAGAGGGCACCACGUCCACUCAAUUAUCAGGCACGGAGAGAUCCCUGCCUGCUCUUACACUUCUCCCUUUAAAUUUCGGCUUCCUGGCUGGAUUCUGAUGAAAACCACUGGCCUUUAUUACCAGAAAACUGUUUUUAUCAGAGAUGAAGCCCCUCGGGUUCAGUUUACAGUAACGCUGUCUCGGAUGCACAUUGGUGACCCUCCCUCAGCUGAGUUCCCAGGGAACAGCCUUUGGCAGCAGAAGUAACCAGCUCAUUUCCCACCUAGUUUUUGGGUUGUGGACAAGCUUGGCAGCUAGAAAGAUUUAUUAUCUCUUCUCUUGCAAGUGAUAUCUUUCAUUUAUAACUUCCCACUUCCUAUGCAAUGCGUGGGUGUCAGCUGUAAUUCAGUGGUGCAGCACCGCACCAGCAGUCCCAGAUCCACAAGAGGCUUUGCCAGCUGCACAAAGGGCUGGCUCAAACAUCUACCUGGAGUCUGAGAUGUCACCUCUGUAACUUGCACAGAUUAAAGCUGAGUUCAAACUCGGGCUGUGAGGAGAACUCGGGAUCACCGUGCGCCUCGGGGCUGCAGCUCGGUCUGUUCCUCACAGCUGUGCCACAAGCCACAUCCUAGCCCGUGGGAUCAAGGUAACUCUCCAGAAACCUGGACACCGUUUGAUAUGUUUGGCAUUCUUGUUCUGUCACUGCUACAACAGUAACUGCAGCAAGUCAAGGCCGUGUUCACACUUGGGGAUAGCCAAACCACCUCCUCCUCUCUCAUUACCAGCAUUUGAAAGUUCCAGUGCAGGCUGGUAAGUGAAAGGCAUUGCCAAAUAAGUAACAGUGUGUAACAACUGGAAUUCAACCUUCACAAAGGGCUGUCAACCCAAUAAUUCAUGUUGCCAAAGCCCUCUCCUCUUUGCAGACUCUGUCCUAUGGAAGAGUUCUCUUACCUUUGGACAUUGGAUGGAUUUCCUUGGUGCAAUGACUCUCUGUGCCCUAGGGUUGCAAGUCUGGAUCUGGACACUGAGAGUGUGGAAGUGAAGGAAGUGGAGCUGGAUAACAAAAUGUUUACCCGGUACAAAACCCGGCAAAAGAAGUUGAUGCUGCAGCUGGACUCUCUGCUGAACGACGUGCGCGAUAAAUUCACCAGCUUAAAUGGAGAGGAGCGGGAGGAGGAAAGCAUCAUCGAGGAGGAACAAGAUAUAAACUUCUUGAACAACUUGUUUGGGAAUUUUGAUUCUCCUAAGCCCAGACAUAAGGGACACGUGAAAAAGAGACCUUGGGAAUGAGAUGGAAAGGAAAACUUGAAUAUUACCCAAAAUUACCUCUAAUAAUGAGAGCCUCCCACGUGUUUCGAUCUCCCCUCCUACCUUGCAUUCAAAUCAAUUCUGUAACAAAUUAAAAUUUAUUUUGUAACUGUUAGGAUUAACAUGAACACAAUAAAAUCUCCAACUGCUGCUGCAUUGCAGACUGUGGGCUGCAUCAUCUCAUGGGUCUAAUUGUACUUUUGUACGAUGAUUUGUGGUGACCCUGUCGUCACUACGUGGCUGAAUAAGCAAAUA